AUGUGUGGCAUUUCCUCCUCGCUUCUCUUCCUCUCUCGCGACGCGGCUUCUCCUUUCCAUACGACAUCCAUCCAUUCAACUCCCUCCGUUGCCGGCUCCGAUUCCGUUAAUAGUUUGCUACACCAACCUCUGGGCGUUCUCACCUCUUCUUUGUUGUUCGAUUCAGAUGCCACUGUAAACCAAAAAGCCCUCAUCGAUCUCCAUCGCAUCUUCAACUUUCCUCGUCAAACUCCGUUUCAAGCUUCAUCGCUGCGGAUUAACUCUCCAUCUUCGUCCCUGAAUUCAAGCUUUAUGAUUCUGUACCAAUUCGUCGCCGUUGUCAGCUUCAGUUUGCUCUCCUUCGUGAUUUCCGUUUGA